AUGCCGCUUCCUGAGGAAAGCGACGAGCACUUUGCAGCUGUCUCUGCGGCGCCGAGUCUCGUCUCUCCCUCCGAGGCGGCUGCGUGCGACAAGGGCCUUGACGCGUCCCCCGGGGGGAAGUCUGAAGAGCGCGAGACGCAGGCCUCGCUCUCGCAGCCGUCGUCGGCUCCCCCCGGACCCGCAGGCGAGAAACGCAGCUGCAGCGUGGCCAAGAAGUCUUACCAGAUCACAAUCGGCGGCAUGGAGCCGAUCGCACCCUCAGCCUCGCCUUCGCCGUCUUCAUCCUCCUCAUCGCCUUCGCCGUCGGAGUCGCUUUCUGCGUCGUUCUCGGCCCUCCAGUUCCCCAAACUGUUUGGCGGCGGAGAGGCGGGCACCGGCGCGAGCCGCAAACUCGCGCAGGAAGAAGACGAGCGCGGCGGAAAGACGCCCAAGAAGGACAAGGUGCUCGCCACCCCCGGCGACGCUGGCGACCAGGCGGACGACGAGCAAACCGUCGGAUGGAGUUACAUGUUCAAAAAGCUUCUGAGCCUGAACCACAAGGACGCCGGCGCAGUGACCUACUUGGAGAAGCUCCCGACAGUUCCGGCGAAGGCGGGCAGCGCGGCGGCCGCUGCGGGCGCUCCGCCUCGUCCCUCUCAGAGCUCGGGCCCCCAGCCGCGGCGUCGCUCGUCCUCCGGGGUGUCCGCCGGCUCGGUCCCCUUCAGCGCGGGCCAGGCGGGGCCAACUGCCCCCGGGACGACCCCCGGCGUCGGCUACGUGCGGAUGGUGCCCAGCAAGGACUUGGCCGUCGCGAGCAGUGUGUGCGACGAGAGCGUGGAGGCGGUUCGGCUCCUCGCGCACACGUUGCAGCUUCGCCAGCAGUGGUGGCGUGAGUACAGAGAGGUGCCUGCGGCGACGGUCCGCGAUCUUUCCGCCGAAGAGAAGGCCAAGCACCGAAGCCACGAGCCCAUCUACGACCCGUUCAGCGUCCCUCUCAAGCCGCCCUGUCACGCGCGCUUCCACAUGCAUCACGGCGUGUAUAGGGUCUUCUGGGACCCUGAAAACGACGUCGAGUUUCCCGAGAAUGAGCAGCCGCCGUUGCUGUGCAGCGCGGACCCGAUUCCGGACGUGUUGCAGUUUCUUUGCGCCCUCAAGGACGUCAUGACCGCCGUUCAACACCCCGCCUGCAAGACGUUCUGCUACAAGCGGCUGCGGUACCUGGAGGAGAAGUUCAGUCUGCAUUUGAUGUUCAACUCGCCUGCGGAGGUGACUGAGACCAAAUGCAACUACCAUCGCGACUUUUACAACGUACGCAAAGUCGACACCCACAUUCACCAUUCGGCGUGCAUGCAGCAGAAGCAUCUACUACGUUUUAUCAGAAAAAAGUAUCGCACGGAGCCGGACACGGUGGUGGCGAAGACGCGCGACGGGCGGGAGCAAACGCUUGCGGAAGUCUUUCACUCGGAAGUCGGAAUCGGCGCCCACGACGCGAGCAUUGAUCACUUGAACGUGCAUGCGCUGGGGAGCUGUUUCCAGCGAUUCGACCUCUUCAACCAGAAAUAUAACCCCUUCGGCCAAAAAACGCUGCGAGACAUCUUCCUCAAAACCGACAACUACAUCGAAGGUCGCUUUCUCGCGGAGAUUACGCGCGAAGUUAUUUCAGACUUGGAGGAGCGGCGCUACCAGCACGUCGAGUGGCGACUGUCGAUCUACGGGCGCUCGCGGGACGAGUGGGCUAAGCUUGCCAAAUGGGUCGUCGGCAACGGGCUGCACUCGAAGCGCGUGCGCUGGAUGGUUCAGGUGCCUCGACUAUACCACGUUUACCGUCGUCUGGGCAUGAUCAAGAACUUCGGCGAGUUGCUCGCAAACGUCUUUGAGCCCCUCUUUGAGGCCGUCAGAAACCCCAAAGAAAACCCCGAGCUGUUCAUCUUCCUGCACAUGCUGGUGGGCUGGGACAGCGUCGACGACGAGUCGUACGCGUCAAAGUAUACGAUGGAGGGCGGCGAGUUGCCCAAGCCAGAGAAGUGGACGGGCGAAAACAACCCGCCAUACAGCUACUGGGGGUACUACAUGUACGCCAACAUCCGCGCCCUGAAUCAGUUCAUCGAGGCGCGCGGCAUGCGUGCUCUCGCCUUUAGACCGCACUGCGGAGAGGCAGGCAGCGUGAGCCAUCUGGCGACGAUGUUCCUGCUCUCGGACGCCAUCAACCACGGAAUCAUGUUGAAAAAGUGCCCCGUGCUCCAGUACCUCUUCUACCUCUCGCAGAUCGGCCUCGCCGUCUCGCCGCUGAGCAACAACGCGCUCUUCAUGGAUAUCGCGAAAAAUCCACUCUACAGCUUUUUCAAGAUCGGCAUGAACGUCUCGAUCUCCACCGACGACCCUCUCAUGUUCCACUUCACCGAUGAACCGUUGCUGGAAGAAUACUCGGUUGCAGCUCACACGUGGAAACUUUCGCCUGUGGACCUUUGCGAACUUGCAAGGAACUCUGUUGUGCAGAGUGGCUACGAGGAGGAGUUCAAGCGUCACUGGCUGGGGCCGAACUACAAGCUUGGGGGGCGUCGCGGCAACUGCAUGCGCCAGACCAACGUCAGCAGCAUUCGUCUCCAGUACCGCGAAGACGCGCUGCGCGAGGAGCUGAGCUACAUGCAUGACGUACUCGCGCUGCGCAUCGCGCUGUCGCGGCCUCUCACGCCGUCGCUCCACGCAGUGCCCGUGCCAGCGACCGCGCUUCCGCCGCUUCCCGGCGCGUCACUGCCUCCGCCGGCGUCGCCUUCCGGUCAGGCGACUGGAGCCGCUGGCGAGAGCCCCGCGGCAAAGGUCGUCGCCGCCGGCAAGCGGCGCGAGCGCGACGUCCUCGACGCGACAGACGCCGGGCUUGUGGCGGCAGCGAAGCAUCCGGAGGAGGCGAUCGAGGGCGGCGGCGCAACGCCCUCGCGCAGCUGCCUCGCGGCGAACGACGACAGCUUGUCGCUCUUUGUCUCGCCGUUGAAGAAGGAGCCCGACGAGGUCGCGCCUCAGAAGUCCGAGGAGGAAACUUCGUCGUCGUCGCCGCCCGCUGUAGGCCCCGGCGACGCGCUGCCCGAGAGCGCCUCGUCCCCUCCCUCGCCGGCGCCUUCGCAAGCCGAGCGAGAGGAGCAGGAGGCGGAAGACAAGAAAGUGCCCGCCGCGGCGCGGAGCGACGCAGAAGAGAAGAGAGAAGUCCAGUCCGGAGGCGCCUCGCCGCCGCAGCCACUAAUGGGGAGGCGAGAGGCGGCGAUGAAGAAGCUGCUGGAGGUCGCCGAAGAAAGCUUGGAAAUGGACUUGGGAGAAAUUCCAGGGAACGGGGUGUCGUCGCCGAUGCCGCGGUCGGAGUCGUUUGAAGUGCUUGACGGGCCUUCGCGGGAGGCGCUGCAGACGCUGGACGCGUGCUCGCACUUGGAGCGCCGCGAGGAUGCGAGCGUCGACCGGGACAUGUUGAAGAAACUGACGUCUUCGCAGCCGAAUUCGCGGAGCCCGUUCCUCUCGUCCUCGUUUGCGCCGGGGGGGGUGGCGGUGCUCGCCGGCGGAGGCGCUGUGGCAUCGCUGCCGACGCCGGCGCUGCGGCGGGCUUCGUCUCGGCGCGCGGCGAACAUGGGACUGCUAGAUCUACUCGCUUCCCCAUUUCUCCAUGAGCACCUCUCGCACGCCGAUCGUGUCAUCGUGGGCGAAUACGCAAACAGCACGGCAGAGGGCGGCGCCGGGGGGGAGGAGGGGGACGCCGCCGCCCUCGAGGAGACUGACGCCGAGGCCGCCGCCGACCGCGGCCGCGGCUGCGCGCCCAACCGAGGCGCCGGGGCCGUCCUCCACGAAGGCGACGACGAGGGCGACGAGGCAAGCAGCGCCCACCCCAGCGACGACGGCAGACUCGAGUAG